GAAUGAUUUUUUAUACUAGUUUCUUUGUUUACAAAAUAGCUAGAUAACACGUGUAGUGCUUUUUGGAAUAUACUUUAGUGUAUUAUCUAAGGAAUUUUUCCAAAAUAUUUGUUUUUAAAGGAUUAUUAAUAUAUGCAGUUAUGUUUUUCUGUUGUAAAUAUUCGUUUGAAAUUCAUAUGUGUUUUACAAAAUAUGUCUACAGUAAAAUCGGAUGCUAUUUCAUCAGAUUAUUCAGUUGAAGAUAAUAGAAAAACGCAGAUAAAUUGAUAAAACAUGCCUUCAACAUUUUUAAUCAAACACAAAUCUGGCGGAAAGUUUAUACAUCCAAAAGGUGGACAUCGUAACCCGGCUAAUGACACAAAAUUGGUUCUCCAUCAAGAUAUACAUGACAGGAUGUAUUUUCAGUUUGAUGUUCAGGAAAGUCACUGGGGUUACAUUCGACAUGUUAGCAGCGGAAAAAUUGUUCAUCCUGAUGGAGGCCAUUUGUUUCCAGGUAAUGGUACCAACCUUGUUCUUCACUCAGAUUAUCAUGCAGGCGCACUUUUUGCACUUGAUAACGUUGAUGAUUAUAUAAUUCAUAAAGGGGGUAGAUUUGUUCAUCCAGACGGUGGAAGUCCAAAUCCCUGUAACGACACAUACGUGGUCCUGCAUGAAGACAAACACGAUGCUAUGAAGUUCCAAUUUGUUUCACCAGACGACAUCAAUAAAGAAGUCUUGAUCUAUGGAAAAACAUCGGUUAAUGGUCACUGGAGAAUAAUUAAUACAAUCAUAAAUCCAAUGGCAGAACAUACAUAUACCAUAUCGUUCACCGUGGGAAAGUCCAAGACGGAAAGCAGGAGUUCAGCUUUUGCCUUUAAAUGGGAGAUUUCCUGUGGGUUUUCAGCUAAUACUGCAUUUGGAUCUGCCUAAGCGUCAAUGUCAGCUUCCACAGAAUAUAUGAUAAAGAAGGCACCAUCAAAUACUUGGUCGGAGCAAAAAACCGUAACCAAUCAAAUCAAAGUUGUUCCAGGAAAGUCUGUAGUAACAUGGCAGUAUGUAUUUGAUGUUGCCCAGUGUGAUCAUAAAGCUAUCUUCCAUAGCAACAUUCUGGCUGACACUGAUGACGUAUCGAAUGAACCGGAAGACUUGGCUGGUGUUGCAUAUGAUUAAAACAAGCGGAUUAAAAUAA